GACUUUUUUCUGCAAAGAUUGUUUUAUUGGUUGUACAAAAUUGCAAAUGCUCUCACACAAUAAAUGUAAAAUUAAAUUGGAGCAUUGCUCAAUGUGAGCUUAUGUGAAAAAAAAUGAUAAAAAAUUUCAAAAUUGGCUUAUCGAGCUCUGUCAGCGUAAAUAUUUACCCGAUACAAAGUUCUGCAAGCGAUACAAAAUUUGAACAUAUUUGAUGUGCGUUCGUUCCGUUCAGAAAAAUUUCAAAAAACAUCGCUAUACCGGCUGAGUUUAGAAGCUAAAAAUACAUAAAAAGUUUGCAAAAAAAUAUCUAUAUAUGCGCGGAUAUUCUGUUAAAUAUGAUAAAACAAAACGGCACAAAUUUAAAUAAGAUCUGUAUAUUCGAAAUGUGUAGCAUGAUUGUGUUGGUGUUGAUCGACGAUGUUUUGACGAUCGCUUGUACAUUAUGAACGUUUUCGGAAUUCGCCAUCUAUUUGGCACCUCGUUAACUCCAAUAAGAGAACAGCGAAAUAAGUCUAUCUCUGAUAACACGAUUACUUAAAUUAAAUCCAACGGAGAAAAUUUAUCGAUUAUCCGGCGGAGAAACGUCGUAAAAUUGAAUACUUGUCACGAAGCGCACCCUCUUCGCGCCUUCUUCGUACAAACAGCGGAAAUUCGCCAGGCGACGUGAUCGUAAGAUCGAGGGUGCGUCUCGGAAGUCGGGGAGAAAGAGAAAGAAGAGGAAACCCCUCAGUCGGCUUACGGAACAUUGCGGGGAAUCUUGUACGGUUAUACCGUGGCAUUAUCUAAGAUUCGAUAGAGCGUACGACGGCGUGUUCGAGACAGAGCACCGGAAGCGAGCACUCGACCGCGUAGUUCUCCCCUAGCCAGCGAGCAGGACAGGCGAAACGGAAGCGACCGUGCUCGUCGUCCGUGACGAGCUUUUGCACGAGCUUUUGUUCCCUCGGCGAAAACUUUUGCAAGUGUGAGCGAGCGAGUGAACUCGACUUCUCAUAGCGCAUUCGGGAAAAGCUCCUUUUUCUUCGCGCACGCGCGGCCGUGGCACCUCGUGGAUUACUUUCUUCGAGAAGCACUUCCGCCCCGCACCGGUGAGAAACUUCUAAAACGUGACAAAGCCCUCGCGCAGGAGACCUCCCGUCUCCUUGUCCCGCACGAAAACAUCCGGACUGCGAAACACGAAAAGGACGAGCGCACGUGUUCGAUAUACGAGAAAUCACGAAAUUGCGUUCGUUCAAAUGCAUUAUAUGCAUGUUUAUAAUUCAUUCGCACAUUACGUAAUAAUAGAUGUGUGAUAAUUUUAAUAGUAUUAUAUAUAUUCGAUAUAUCUAUCUAUUCAUUCGAUUUUGUUCCAAUUCGAAGCUCACGUGAAUGUGGUCCCUGAGAGUGCAACUCUGCGGCCGGACUUUGAGUGAGUUAUUUCGACAUUUCGGUGAGUUACAGAAACAAGUUGAAAACCUGAAAAGUUUUGAGUAAAAAGAUUUAAGGUGAUGGGUAUUUGUAGGAACCCGAUAAAAAAUCAAUGCGAUUUACUUAUACAUUUUUAUAUAUAUUGAGACACACUGUUUGAAAUAAUUAGGAGAUCAUUUUUUUAAACGUUCGUAUUACAAAUACUUGAAAGAUUGAAUUUAAAAAGUGUACACUUACAUAAAUUAUCUUAUGUUUGAUUUAAAAUACAAAAAUAUCCGAUAAAAUUGUUUAUUCAUUGUGAUUUCCUAAUUAUUCCGAACAGCAUGAAAUGCAUAUCAGAAUUGCAUUACCAAGUGCGAAAUAUCGUGAUUGCUUAAUUCGUUCGUGUUAAUAAAUUUUAUAAUCGCGCUUAUAAAUUUUUUAAAAUUUUCAUGUGUGAUGCGAAAAAAUCAUUUCGGUUAAAAUUAUAAAUUAAAUUAUUCUUAUGAAUAUAUAUAUAAUAAUUAUAUAAUUUUUGCUUGGUACAUAUGAUUGUUUGCCUAAAAACUUGAAUUUUUAUAAAACGAGAACCGCGUUUUUCGCGGUACAGUACAGUCGUGCGCAAACCGAAAUGUUUUCUUUAUUUCCUGCGGCCUUGUCGAAAAAAUGUUUUCAGUCCACGAUUUUUUAUACGUAAUUCGUAAUUUGCGAAUAUAUUGUUGAAUCGCUGCAAUAUAUUAUGCGUUUUUCGUGUAAUCAUAAAACGACCAGAAUUAUCGUGCCCACAGAUGUUCCUUAGACUGCAAAGGACUUACCAAUCUUAGACCGGUCGGCGCAUUAUUUUCUCUGUUGGCUCAAUUUCCUAUCUUUGUUGAAUUGUUUAAUAUUUGCUUAUCUCAAAUAAAUCUUCAGUCAAAUCAGUUUAUGCAUACAUUACUUACCGAAAUGAAGAAUAAAGAUUAAGUGGAAAAUUAAAUGGAGUAAACAUUAAUAAAGAGAAUAAAAGUUAAAUAAAGAGUAUUGAGAUAACCAAAUAUUAAAUAAUUCCAACAAAAUUUCAACUCGACGGAAGUUGGACACCGAAGCAGCCGGACGAAGCAGCGCAUUCGGGAUUUCACCAGCGGACACUGUGGUAUAUCAACGUGAAAUAGUGAGUACACCAUUGCGCAUGCAAUAUAGAUGUAAAUCGCAUUGAUUUCCGACGAGAAAAGUCAGUGCGUGAAAUGCGUAUUCUGAUAAUACUCACUGAGGUGAUUUAAUAUAUCACGGCUUGAGAACGGCAUAAAACCAAUGUUUUUAAUUAACAACACGAUCUAUCGACGGCUGUCAAUUUGCUGACAACUGCACGAAAUUAUAAUUUAAUAUGUUUAAACGCGUUAAGUGACUUAAGACGGAAAGAAAUGUGUAAAAAAGAUUCAGCCAAAAUAAUAUACUUUGAUUUGCAGUGCAAUCAAUUCGUCACGAGUUGAUAAUGAUGAAUUUCGUGACAAUAGAAAUAUAAGCGAUUUAACAUCAAGUUAAAUUCUUUUCUCUUUUUUAUACUCGAAUCAAAUGCAUUGGAAAAAGCCUACCAGCAUAUAUUAUAUUGGUUUACCGGGACAAGAGAGUAACAUGACAGCUCAAUGUAUGCCGUGGGUCGCAAUGUGUUAAAAGCUUUAGGGAUUAAAGUUUUAGAGAUGCGCGCUGGACAGGCGCAUAAAAACUGCCUGAGAAAGGCGCUCAAAAAAGAGCGAGUUGAAUUAAAAAAGAACAAAAAUCAAGGAAGCAAUUUCGCGCACGUAAUGGCACCGCUUUCGAGAAACAACUUCGAUUCGCCGUUAUCGAUCCAGCGAGUUCACACGCGAACCUUCAGUUUGUCAAUGUAACCGUACAUCAAUCAGUCAUAGUCAGAAACUUCGAGUAUGCUCGAUAGAUCCGUCGUAGGAAGUCGCAAGUACGUGUAUCCGAGAAUAUGAUAGAAGAGAAGUCGUGCGAUGCGACCUGGUGCCCGGUCUGCGACAAGCAGGUGAGCGUUGAAGGAAGAGACACGUAUAGACUCCUUGCACACAUUCGUAAAUAUCAUCCCAAGAUCACCGGCAAAUGUUUGGACAAUCAGACGGACACGAAGGCGAAAGUAUCGUCGAGUCGGAUUUCAUCCUCGGAAAAUUCGAUCACGCCGGCUUAUAGCGGCAAGAAGAACGAGCCAAAGAAAUUUUAUGCCGCUCGCGAAGACGCGCUUUUGUAAAUCGCAGCGGACGGAAUACAAACGGAGGCAGCCGUCACGAAGUGGCGCGUUACUGCCGUGGGUCUCGGUGUUAAGAGGGCGUGAUGACGACGAUGACGAUGGUGACGGAGCUCGCGCGUCAAAACAGUCGAGAAGCGCCUACUUCACGAAAGGUCCGUAAAGUCCGUAUCAAAUCACAGCCGGUUGGAUUGCGAUCGGCGAUGGCAAAGCAACCGCCGAUCUAGAACAUUGACUGCCAAUUGGGCAAUGCUUCAUUUUCUAUAAUCAUCAAUCGCAAUUCAGUCAGCAAUCGCUAGUAUGAUACGAGCUUAAGAUUGUCCCGCGGAUUCUCCAAAUAGGUCGCAAAUUACGGAGACGUGAAAGCUAUUAUUCACUCUUACAGUCGAGAACGAAACAUGGAGGUACCACGGCAAAUCAACUCGCUGUCCCGCGUGCGGCGUGAAGGACGUGCCGAUCAUUCUUACGAAACAGCAAAAGUUCACGAGUUCUCGCUUAGUCGCAUUCUGCUUGUUGGGGUUAGUCUUUGAGAAAAAUUGCCGAGAGUUCCGCGCAACGAGAACGGAGAAAGUGGUGAUAGAACGUCGUAUCGUUUGUUUGUUCGCAACCCGAGACAAAAUUUUACCUUCGACUUGAGCUUCCUAACGUCUGCAUAUUUUAAAGAAUCAAUAUGUUUAAUAUAUAUGAAAACUGAAAUGCUAAAUAGCGCUUUUAAAUGGCAGCAAAACGCGUAAAGUGUCACUUGUAGGUUCUAAGGAAAACCUCGCGGUAAAACUGGUAGAUUAAAUAGAAGAGAUUGAUGUGGGUUUCAGGAUAUCAAAGUAGGUGUUAAAUGGAAUAUUAACGUCGAAGGUAGGAUUAAAAUUUCGACUCGGGAACGAACGAGAUGGAAAACAACGUAAAUUGCACACAACGCAUAACUCGGACGCUCGUAACGUAAAUUGCACGAGUAACGGUAAUAAGUAAUUUAUUUAUUUUCACAGCGUGCACGAAACGGCACGAAAGCCCCACGAUAAAUCGAUAGUUUAAUAUUAAAUAAAUAAAAGCGCCAAGAGGUUAGCGCAGGGUGAGCUCAAAGGAGAAAGAGAGAAAAAUAGCACGCUCAGCCGCAACCGUUCCAACUUUUUCGCGUAAAUUUGCGCCGAUAAAGGAAUUCCACGGUAAAAUACGUUUCCGAUAAUCGCUUAUUAGCGGCGGUAAAAACGGCGCUAAUUAGCGAGGCGCGCGCGCCGGCGUAGCACACAUACACACACAUACACCUACGCUCUUUCCCCGACAAUCUUUCGCGACAUAUAACGCGGAUUUGAAAAGACUAACGUGCCCGCCAUAAUGUCAACGUGUCGCGCUCCGACGAAGUGCGAAUCACUCCGGCUCUCGUAAUUACUAAAUCCCUCUCUCGUUAAAUUUAAUCCCGGUUCGCGGCGUUCAUUUUCAGCGAAUCGAAUACGACGGGGAAUCGCGAAAUUAUUCGCUUUCAUAAAUCACCAUCGCCGUCGGGCACGUACGUGUCUGUGUAUGUGUGUAACGUUUUAUCUCGAAAUGGAAUAUAUUCGCGUUAUCGCAUCUGAUUAAGCGAAACGCAACACGCGAUUCCACGUAACGACGUUAAAAUGCGCUGAGCAACAUUUUUGAUUCCGAUGAGCCGGCAUUUUUCUUUCCCUUCAAUGCGUAUUCCAAGUGAUAAUUCUGCUCAUCGCCGCGCCAUUUUGCAAUAAAGCAAAGACGAGUUUUCUUUGAUGAUCAAUAUUUAAUGGAUAAUGUUUCGACAUUAUGCGCGGUAAAGUAUAAAACGUAACAUUGCGAGGAAUAAUUACGCAACAUAUCAGAGAUUACAGACGCUACUGAUGAGGAAAAUGUGGAGAAUGCAAUGUUGUCAACCGCGCUCUCUAAUAAGAAAAUUCUUUCACGUAGUUAUAAUUAAAAAUUUUUAUAAAAAUUUACUGUACAAGGAAGAAAGAGAGAAAGAGAGUUUCACGUCGUGAUAAUCAUAAAAGUCCAUCCGGAUGUUCCUCUCCUGUAAAAAAUAUAGAUCGCUAACGCGCGAUAUUUGUCCGUUUGUCUGCUCGUUCGCAGAUGUUGGCCGCUCUGUAUCAUUCCGCUGAUGAUGAGCCGGGAUAAAAACGUGCACACGCUAUGUCCACACUGCGGCCACGAUUACGACGCGGAUUGUCCGAUGGAUAACAAACGCUGCUCUCCGAAAUGCACGG